AUGGGUCAAGAGUGUUGCACCCCAACUCGUUAUCCUUAUCAACCGCAUGGAUACGUAUCGGGCGGUGGUUACUGUCCCCCACCCCCUGCUUUCCCACAUCGUCAACCGUACUUUCCAGCAGGUUCACCAGGCUACUGUCCUCCACCACCAGGUGCUGGUUAUUGUCCACCACCACCCGACAUGGGCUACUGCCCACCACCUCCCGACAUGGGGUACUGUCCACCACCUCCCGACAUGGGGUACUGUCCACCACCAUCUGACGGGGGUUAUUGUCCACCACCUCCUGACAUGGGUUACUGUCCAUCACCACCCUAA